ACUGGUUUCACUUUACAAUUAUCUCCGUCCACAUUUUUAUCAACGAAAUAAUUAAAUCGACGAACAGAUGGCUGUUCAGUAACAACUAGAGGUUUUGGUAGAGGUUUUGGUUCUUGCCUAUUUGUUUCUGCUUCUAGCUCUUGAGGCCCUCGCUGUUUUCUAGGUCCAACUAGCUGUUGUGUAGUAACUGGUAUAAAGUUUAUUACGUUUUGGUCAGGAAGACUUUGUUCUAGAACACUUUCGUUGACAUUCUCUGUUAUCACGAAAUUGUCUUCCAAAUCUUCAUCUAAUUGUUGACCACAGGAACAACAACAAAGUUUUUUAAUAGAAUUAAGAAAGCUUUCAACAAACAUUGUUCGUCGAUUUUAACUGAAAAUAAAUCAUAAUAGUGUUACAACAUACUUUAUAUUGAUUUUAUCAAAUGCGAGAGAGUAUGUAAUAUCUGAUAAGAUAGAAAAGAAGAUGAAAUUAGGUUCAUUGCUGAAUUUAGAGACUCCCCAGUACCAGACAUACUCCAUUGCUUAAUUUUACUUUUUUUCAGAAAGUAGACUAUAAUAUGGCAAAAUUCGUUUCGGAAAAAUACGUUCAUUUUAGUGUCUCGAAAAUGUUCAAAGUUGCUCGGAAAUAGAUGAAAUAGCGUAAUUCAGACCUAAAAAAAAAUUGUUAGAUUUUUUUGGCAAAAUGUAUAUUAUAGAAAUUUGGUUCAAAAACCUGUUAAAUCGCUCGAAAAAAAUGUCUGAAAUACAUUCAUUUCAGACCCAAGAGCCAAUUUUUUAAUUUGUUUCGGCAAAAUACAUCAAUGAAUUUUAAAUAAGUUUUUUGAUUCAAAAACCUGCUAAAUUUCUCGCAAUGACUGAAACAGCUAACUAAGACCUAUCGGUUUAUAGACCGACAAUCUUUUAAUUUUUUAUAGUAAAAUAUACGACGAUUUAAAAGAAUUUCUAUCUCAAUAAUGCAAAAAUGCUUAGAAAUGAUAGCGUUUCGUAUUUCAUCAAUUUAUAAAAAAAAAUAAUCAAACAGGUCUAACGUAGGGUACAUUUUGAAUUUUUUUUUAUAAAUCAAUAUUUUUUAAUGAAACCCUGUGUCCCAUUUCUACCUCCGUCCAUGGCGGCGUCACUCUAUGAACAAUACCUGCCGCACUCUCUGCGCAAGUCUCUCGUAACGCGCCAACAAAUACUAUAAACGUAAACGUGAACUCGUGAAUCACGCAUUGAACCCCAAACCGCGUUGAGUAGUGAUCGACCACGUGUUUAACAUCAUGCCUCACCUUCCUAAUUAACUCCAAAAAUGCCCCACUAAGCCCAUCACCAUGACCUCCGAUUCGCGCCCCAACGGGGACAUCGGCGACGCCGACGACGCCGUCAAACUCAAGCGUAAAAUUACAUUGUUGAAUGGAGUCGCGCUCAUUAUCGGCACCAUCAUCGGUAGCGGCAUCUUCGUUUCACCUACUGGUGUCUACCUGAGCACCAGGUCUGUGGGCGUCUCUAUCAUCGUGUGGUGCCUCUCCGGGAUCUUUUCCACGUUGGGGGCCCUGUGCUACGCCGAAUUGGGCACUUCCAUCACCAGGUCCGGUGGGGACUAUGCCUACAUCUACGUCGCUUUCGGGCCUUUAGCCGCAUUUUUGCGCCUCUGGAUUGCUUUACUGAUUAUUCGGCCUACGACGCAGGCUAUUGUGGCUCUCACCUUCGCCCAGUAUGCCGCAAAGCCCUUUUUCGACGAUUGUCAACCCCCGGAUAAUGCCGUCAGGUUUUUGGCGGCGGCGUGUUUGUGUCUUCUGACGGCAGUUAAUUGUCUCAGCGUCAGAUGGGCUAUGCGAAUACAAAGCGUCUUUACUGCAGCUAAGCUAUUAGCUCUGAUUGUAAUCAUUCUCACA